AUGAGCAACAUCACUAAGGCCGCUGGUCUCCUGAGCGACCUGCAGAAGCUAGACGAAGCGGGCCGCGACCGCAUUUUAGAUCUCUUGUCUGUUGAAGCUGUAAAGGACGUUCUCAAAGCCUCUCUUCGGCAGCAUGAUAGAGGUGAAGACAGCGUUGUGCCACAGAACUUACCUGCGACCGAAAAUUCUAGUGGGACGAUCCAGGAGCAAGAAGAAAGACCGGCAAAGCAGGCCAGGCAAAUUACUACUCUUCGAUACCGUAAGCGAGCUAGGAUUGAGAAAGAAAAUCCACGUGGUCGACUGGCUAUGGAAAAACAAGUCAUUGAAAUUGUGUCCGACCAAGAGAACGAUAAGAACAAAAACAACAAAUCGAAGGUCCGACGAUCGACUCGAUUAGAAAGGUAUCCCUGA